AUGUGCAUUAAGGCCCUAGCUGCAGUACCAAAAUACCCCAACAAGAUGGAAAAUGUAGAAAGUUUAAUUACAAUGAAAGGGCCUUGUGACCCUACAUAUGUUUGUGCCAGUUCUAAGUUAGAGGUAGUCUACUCAGAUGAAAUGGGUCGACAUGUAUGUGCAAAGGAAGACAUAAAUGUUGGAGAAGUGUUAGUCAUUGAGGAUCCUUACUUCACAUUGCUAUUAAAGUCUCAGUACUUGUUAUGUUGCAGUUACUGUUUAUUGUCUAAUUUAAAUCUUUUGCCUUGCAAUAACUGUUGCUUUGCAAUGUACUGUAGUGAGGAAUGUAGAGUUAAAGCACUCAAAGAAUACCACUCAGUAGAAUGUGAUCUAAUGGCAACACUAUUUAAAAUGGAUUUUACUAAGCUAGAAUUAAGUGCACUCAGGACAGUUAUUAAAGCCCGUUAUGAUCACGCUGAUUGGAAGAGUUUGUUUGAAACAAUUAAAGAGGCUGAUGCUAAUAUGAACACAAAGUACCAGGGUCAAGUUAAGAGUGACAACAUUGAAGAGCAGGAUAAAAUUUUUAAAUGUGUGGCGGGUUUGCUAUUGUUACACCUAAUGACAGUUCCAACAAACAUGCAUGGUAUAUCAACCAAUGUUAUGAAUGAAAAUGGCAUCCUUUUAAGUGAUAUUAGUGUAGCCAGUGGUGCAUAUGCAUUCUUGAGUUUAAUUAAUCAUUCAUGUGCUCCCAACGUUGUUAGAUUUAACAAAGAGGGUGAGGGUAAUAUGACCCUUUUUGCUUUGCGACCUAUCAAGAAGGGAAUGCAAAUAUUUGAUAAUUAUGGGUCACAUCAUGCUAUGGAAGAUUAUAGUAGUCGGCAAAGUUCUUUGAAGUUCCAAUAUAAAUUUACUUGUGUCUGUGAGGCAUGCGUCGACAAAUGGCCUAUGUAUGUGCAAUUGAAUAUGAUGUCAUCCAAGAACCUGCCAGUGAAAAUUUGCCAAAGGAAAAGCAAUGUUUUGAACCAGCAUGUGAUACGCCAAUUACAAAGCGGCGAUGUCUGCACUGCUCUGAUGAUUUAUAAGGACCUAUGUAUUUUAUGCGAGCAAUUGGACAAAUAUGCACCGUGUGCUGAGCUCUGCGAAUGUCAAGAAGCAUUGAAACAGUGUUUUAUGAUCUUCGAAGGCUUCCGUACAUUCGGCAGCGAUGAUAUCAUUGAAUGGAAAGAAAUCACUUCGAAGACAUUCAAUGGUGCCGAAAUCGGAUCGCUCAACAAGUUUUUCUAUCCAGAAGAAGAAUAUUAA